AUGGCGGUAAGGUACCCCGACUACUACAGACCAGACCCUCUCAUCACAAACGGCGCUCACGAGGAGUUCCCCCCCAGUGCCGAAGCGCGACAGCUUAGCAAUCACGACGUCUACAGGUACUGCUUCGCCUGGAUCAGACGCGGAUGGUGUCACCUUGGACCUCAGCGCUGCAAACACCGCCAUGAAAUGCCUGGCGAAGAUUGGGUGAGACAGCACUUGCCGUAUAUUCAGCACUAUCCUCCUCGAUGGUACCUCGCUCAAGAUGUCACUCGCCACCCUGCUACCGCAAACGAUGGUGUGGACCAGCGUCUCGUGCCACAGAAAACGACGAUGGUGGCCCAACCAGGCUCUGCUGCAGGCUGCCAUGUGGCUACACUGCCCAGCACGACACCCGUCGACAUAGCGCCUCCCGAAGACCCUCUAGCCGCGCUUACUACGGCACUCCACACAGCCCAGCAAGAUCUUCCCAGUUCUGCAGCCGACAACAACCCUACCAGGCCUGACACAAUUACCACAACUGCUCCCCCAAGUACCGUCUUAGACACAACAGACACAACCAUCACGGUAAGUACCGGCGAUCACCACACUCGAAAGUCGAGGUCCAAAUCCAAGAAAGUGGGUUGGGCCUGUUCCCGCAAGAUCAGUGCUUCUUUCGACGAAGCAGGCAGAGUCACCAGGCAACGACGGACCAAGAACAUUGCCGAUAUCUCAUCCAUCUGCGGCGAGGAUUACACGACAUGGCUCCCCGGGUAUGCGACUCCAACGGAGAUCGUCGCUGGUACGGCAGAGUCUAAUCCAGUCGUGCUCAAAAUGGCUCAGCAUUGGCCGACGAUGCUGCUCGAGCUUAUAACCAACCUUGCCACGAGCACCAAAGGCGACCUGCCAACAAUGCAUGCUUGUAUCCGUCAAUCCUACGAUCUUUUGCCAGACCACCGACGGGGCAUCAUCAAAGGCUCGAGGACUACGGGUGCACUCUAUGAGCUGAUGCGACAGGCUUGCAACAUCGCCUCCGAGGUCGCGCGAGCACCUUCCGUCGCACUCGGUCCGAUCGUCAGCACGUAUACGUUACGUCGCUCCCGCGCCGCACCAACAACAGACGACGGUUGCGCAGAAGAAAUGAUCACCCGCCGCACAACUCGUGGCCUUGCGACAGGUCGCUGCACUUCCUACUAUCCCGACGCUUACGACGAAGACGACGAAGAAUUUCUGCCCACCAUCGACGAGCACGAUGAACAACAAGAUCUCAAGGAUCAGAUCCGCUGCGACACACCGGAGCCAGCACGAAAACGUAUCAAGAUCGAGACAGACAACCCCUUGACACCUGCCCUGACUCGCCUCUCCACAUUUUCCGAGCGAAGCGGCCCUAUCACAGAGCAGGGCCUUUCGAGGGACCUCAGCGCCCCGAACCCAAUCCCGAUACCAAUGUCGCUAGCCCCGCAGCAGCAGCAGAGCACGAGCGUGGCGACCAACGUCAGCACCACAGGUCUCGACAUUGCAGACCUCGAGGACGCUUACGAGAUCGCGGAAUUGAAACUCGCGGCCAAGGAGGCGAAGGCUGUUCUGGACGCAGCAAGGCGGAAGAGUGCUGGGACUUCGGCAGCUGCCGCGAUCGGGCUGGAUUGA